UGUCAUCUGUCAGUCGGUUGGGGGCACUUGGGGAGCGCUGAAACUGACAGGCAGUAUGUCAAGUAACAAAAAUAAAUCCGUAUCUAGCACGACUCCCCAACGGGUGUCCACAGCGCAGCAAACGGAUUUAACCACGAGGCCGGACGAGUACGACGAUGAGUCUCUGUAUGAAGUGAACAGUCCCAGCCCAUACGAGGACAAUCCGUAUGAUGACGAUCCAUACAACAACGAGCCGUACCGUGUCCAGGAAGAACAAAGAGCAUAUGAAGAGGUUUCCCCCUAUCAGGAAGAAGUUAGGGCCCGAAGUGUUAAUCCCUAUAGGGACACUAAUUAUGACAUUCAAACGGAGACCGUGUACGUCGACGUGGGUCCGGAACCCAAAACAAUACUAACAGGUGCCAGAGGACCCUCCCGGCUGGCCUUUCGCUGUUACGUGUACAUCCUUAUCUUGGCCCAAGUGGGCCUGGCCUCGACGCAAUGGAUGAUCACCACGUAUGCCUGGAAGCCCAAGCUGUACCCCAUCGAACGGAAUAUGAAUUUGCUGCUCCUGUUCCUGGCGUGGCUCAACUUGACCCUGGGCUUCUUCGGCUUUCGGCGGCUGCAGUUCACAUUCCCCCUUAAUUGGAUCAUCUUCAUAUGCAUCUUCGAGAGCCUCACUCUGGCGGUCAUGUGCCUCAGCAUAUCCGACCUGUCACUCACCUGGCCCUUCGUUGUCGUUGGCAUUGCUGUACUUGUUAUCUACAGCCUCCUAGGUCUCUGGGUGCCAAAAAUGCUGACCGCUGACCUCUGGAUUCUCAUAUUCGUGAGCAUCACUGUGCUGAUAGCCGCCAUUAUUACCCUCGCCUCGGCUCUUGCCAUGCACCACUAUGUGCCCUUAAGCUUAUGCUUGAUCAUCUUCGGACCUUGGGCCAUGUACAACUCUCAAAAAGUGCAUGUAAAAAAGCGAUCCGCCUUCACCACACACCAGUACCUGGAUGCUGCCGCCAAGGUGUACAUGAACUUUGCCAUGACUGUCGGAUGUAUUGCCAUCAUGAGCCGGUUCUCAUUCUACUAUUUGGAAACCGACGAAUGCCAAAACAAAUGGUUCUGUGAAAGACGAUCGAUGUUACCCUAAGACAUUAAAUGGAAAUUUUAUAUACUAAUCUGUACUUGGUUUUGCGUCUGUCCAUCUAUUGCUUAGAAAAUUGCUACAAUAAAUUCAUGUCAUGGAAAUCUGCUUA